CUUUUUUGUGUCCCCUAUAUUAUAUAUGGCUUUAAGGCUUUAACCUUGUCAACUAAAAACAUGAGUCAGAAUUCAUGAAAGGGCUACCUUUAUUUGUUUGUUCCCAAUUACUCUUCAUCUUACUAACUUCCACAGCAUUAGACACGAUCACUAGAGAUAAACCCAUUAGAGAUGGUGAUACAAUUGUUUCAGCUGGUGGGGUUUAUGAACUUGGAUUUUUCAGCCCUGGAAAUUCCAAGAAUCGCUAUGUUGGGAUAUGGUACAAGAAGAUAUUACCUAAAACUGUCGUCUGGGUUGCCAACAGAAACAUUCCCCUGAAUGACACUUCAGGAGUGUUAACACUAAGACCCAAUGGAAUUCUUGUACUUAUCAACAGUUCCAAUGCUUCAAUUUGGUCAUCAAACUCGUCAAGAUCCUUAAAGAAUCCAAAAGCACGGCUUUUGGAUUCUGGGAACCUUGUUGUCAGUGAUGGAAAUGACAGAGAUCCGGAAAUUAAUAUGGUGUGGCAGAGUUUUGACUAUCCAGGAAAUACUUUAUUACCUGGCAUGAAGCUUGGACGUAAUUUGGUCACGGGCAUGGAAUGGUACAUAUCGGCGUGGAAGAGCACUGAUGAUCCUGCUCCUGGUGAAUAUAUGGAACGUCUGGAUUCUCAUGGGUACCCGCAAUUUUUCAUGUGGAAAAAUUCAUCUAUAGUAUAUAGCGUAGGGCCAUGGAAUGGUAUUGGAUUUAGUAGUAGUCCCAAAAAUAAACCAACUAUAUAUUACAGUUUCGAGUUUGUUAUUAAUCAGCAGGAGAUUUACUUCAAAUAUGAGCUUAAUGAGCCCCUGCCCACCAGGAUUGUGAUCAAUCAGGCUGGGCUGGUAGAUCAACUAACAUGGAUUGAGCGCAGUCGCAGCUGGUUACUCUACGUGGGAACACAAGCAGAUAGUUGUGAUCGUUUUGCUUUAUGUGGUCCUUAUGCAAAAUGCAACAUCAAUAACUCUCCUCCAUGUGACUGCUUACAAGGUUUUGAGCCUAGGAAAACUUCUUUGACUUGUAACCAAGAUGGUUUUCUUAAAUUGACGGGUAUUAAGAUGCCGGAUACUAGACACUCGUGGUAUAAUCAGGGCAUGAACCUUGAAGAAUGCAAAAAAAUGUGCUUGGCUGAUUGCAAUUGUACAGCCUACUCAAAUCUUGAUGUUAGAAACGGCGGAAGUGGAUGCUUACUAUGGUUUGGACAACUCAUUGAUAUUAGAAAGUUGAGCCACAAUGAGCAAGACUUGUUCGUGAGAGUCGCUGCUUCAGAAUUAGAUUCAGACAGGAAUCGGAGGAGAAAGAGGUCAGUCCUGAUUGCGAUCAUUUCAGCAGUGGUAGCAGCUUUUAUCCUCAGCUUUGUAGCUUGGUUUUCCUUCCGAAGAAAGAACAGAAGAACAGAUAAAUAUACUAGAGAUUCAGAAGUUGGAAACGAAGACCUCGAGUUGCCAUUGUUUGAUUUAGUUGCUGUUACUACUGCCACUAAAAACUUCUGUUCGGCUAAUGUGAUUGGUGAGGGCGGCUUUGGAUCGGUUUACAAGGGCGUGCUACCAAAUAGAAAAGAGAUAGCAGUUAAGAGGCUAUCAAAGUAUUCUGGACAAUGCCUUAAAGAGUUAAAAAAUGAAAUCGUUCUCAUUUUUAAGCUGCAACAUAGGAACCUUGUCAAGCUUUUGGGUUGUUGCCUUGAAGGAGAAGAAAGGAUGCUAAUCUACGAGUUUAUGCCCAAUGCUAGCUUGGACUAUUUCAUUUUUGAUCCAAGCAGAAAUGCUUCACUUGCAUGGAAGAACCGCUUUGAAAUUGCAAUGGGAAUAUCUCGAGGUCUUCUUUAUCUUCACCAGGACUCAAGAUUUAGAAUUAUUCACAGAGACCUCAAGACCAGCAAUAUUUUAUUAGAUAGUGACUUGAAUGCCAAAAUUUCUGAUUUCGGCCUUGCCAAAAGUUUUGGCGGAGACCAAAUGGAAGGAAAAACUAAGAGAGUAAUAGGGACAUGUGGAUAUAUGUCCCCAGAGUAUACUGCUGAUGGGAAAUAUUCAGUAAAAUCAGAUGUAUUCAGUAUCGGCGUAUUCAUUCUAGAAAUAAUUAGUGGCAGAAGGAACAGGAAAUUUCGUCAUUUGGAACAUCAUCACAAUCUUUUGGGACAUGCAUGGUUACUUUGGAAUGAAGGCAAAGCGUUGGAACUGAUGGACGAACGUUUGGAAGAAUCAUUUUCAGAAUCUCAAGUAUUGAGAUGCAUUCAAGUUGGUUUGUUGUGCGUCCAAAAACUGCCAGAGGAUAGGCCUACAAUAGCAUCAGUAGUUUUCUGGUUGGAAAAUGAAGGUCUGGUUCUUCCUCAGCCAAAGCAGCCUGGUUUUUUUAUAGAGAGGAAUUCAAUGGAAUCAACAGUCAGCUGAGUUUAUCAGUUAACCCUUUUGUAAUACUGUCAAGCCCAUUGUGGAUCCAAUUAAUUAAUCAUAAGAAAACCUGAAAUUAAUGUAAUACACAGUGAGUGCACAAAUUUAUGCGGACAAAAGCACACUUUGACAUUUAAUGAGGAAAAGACUGUUUUGAUGUUAGUAUAGGAGUCUA